AUGGCCACAGUUUGUAAUAACAGCCAUGGCAAUUUCAUCCUCCGUGGCUUCUCAGACAGGCCAUAUUUAGAGAAGGUACUUUUUGGGGUCAUUUUGAUCUUUUACUGUUUGACUCUUGCUGGAAAUACAAUCAUAAUUCUCAUUUCCUUGAAGGAUCCAAAGCUUCAAAUCCCCAUGUAUUUCUUCCUUUCCAAUCUUUCCUUAUUAGAUAUUUGUUUCACCAGCAGUUGUGUUCCUCAGAUGUUGGUUAAUUUGGGAGGUCCAAAUAAGAUUAUCACCUAUCAUGGCUGCGCCACUCAGCUCUACAUCUUCCUGUGGCUUGGUGCCACCGAAUGUGUUCUUCUUGUUGUCAUGGCUGUGGACCGCUAUGUAGCAGUGUGUCAUCCCCUAAGAUAUACAACUGUCAUGCACCCCAAAGUCUGUGUGCAACUGGCUGUCCUUGCUUGGGGUGCUGGCCUGAUUCAGUCUCUGAUCCAGUCUUCUGCUACCCUCAGAUUGCCCUUUUGCUCCCACCGGGUGGUAGAUGACAUUGUAUGUGAAGUUCCAGCCCUGAUUCAGCUCUCCAGUGCAGAUACUACCUACAAUGAAGUGCAGAUGUCCAUAGCCAGUGUUAUUCUCCUAGUGCUACCUUUGGUCAUCAUCCUUUCCUCCUAUGCUGCUAUUGUGAAGUCUGUGCUGAAGAUGAAAUCAAUGGCAGGGCAGAAAAAAGCAUUUGGCACAUGUACUUCUCACCUCCUUGUUGUCUCCCUCUUCUAUGGUACCGUCACAGGUGUCUAUCUUCAACCUAAGACUCACUAUGCUCAUGAACGGGGCAAGUUUCUCACCCUUUUCUACACUGUAAUAACUCCGACUCUUAACCCCCUCAUCUAUACACUAAGGAACAAGGAGGUAAAGGGAGCAGUGGUAAGAUUGGGGUGGAGAAUUUGGAGUUCUCACAGAUAA